CUGCGUAAACGAAACGCGGAAAGCGAAAGUCGUCGGCGCGCGGCACGCGGUAAGCGGAAAGCGAAACAAGACCGACGGUCUGCGUCGCCGCGCGGUGGCCACUGGGACAUGCAGGACUGCGCUGCUGCCUCACCAGCAAGUCUUGUCGUCCCUCACCUCCUCACCUUGUUCUUCUCCACUCCGCUCUCGUCAUCCUGGGAGGCAGUUUUGAAUAAUGCAGCAAGUGUUGGCGACAUGGCCGAGUUUGUGGACCAGUGAAGACGGUGUGGUCUCCAGACGGAUUGACAGCCGCCGCGCCGCUUUUGUGUCGCUUUUCGUGCGCGUGCAUGCGUGCUUUUUUCUCUUCGCAUUGUUUCCGACAGAAGAGAGCGCUUCCUGUGAAGCAGUGGCGCCGGGACAUGUUGACAUUUUGACGUAAACAAUACGUGGGCAAUGGAAAAAAAAAUUUGAUGACUUUUGGCGAGGCGAUCCUUUAACCCUCUCCCUCCUCGCCCCUCUCCCUCUCCUAGUGUCAACUAGUGCUCGUGCGACCAGCCAGGAAAUCAAACCAGCGGCGGUUGAGGGUCGCCAGGCAGGGUGUUUAUAAUCCACCUGGCGAGCUGGGACCUCGUCACAAGUCUCGGCGUGUUGCGCAGGUAGGGAGCGAGCUGUGACGUCAGUGGUCAGCGGCCAGUCCGGAGGGCGACCUGUGGCUGGCGUGGAUUUCCGCGUGUGAAUACAUUAAGGGAAGCAGACGACAGGGAAACACUCUGUCUGCUCACUGCAGCGGUGACAGCAGCAUCUACCGACAGCAGCACCGACAACAACUGUCCGGACACGUCCGUCCACAAUCAUUCUGCUGUUGCUAGACAGUGACACUCUCAUAGUCUGUCCACAGCAGUGACGACAGCAACAUACCUAUCUUCUAUCCCCACCAGUACCCUGUGACCAGUGGUGAUGGACCAGCCAGAGGACACAACAUGGACACAUCCCCCGAGAGAUGCCACCACCACCACCGGGGGAAGCAGAGAUGAUCUUUGCUCCGAAGAGACAGCCUCGGAAAGAAUUGAUAAAGCCCUCGAAACUCUGAAAGCAGAACUGGUGGCUAUGCGGCAGCAAGAUGUCCAGCUUCUGAAGCAGCUCCUCCACAUCAGCCAGAACAUUCGCCGCCUGAAGCACGUGCGCUGCAGCAAGUCAGGCCUCGGAGACUCGUCGCGUGCAGCGCGAGCGGGUCAGUUCCCAGCGCAUGCGCAGACCGAUGUUUUUGCGAGAAGCGGAAGUAGGAGGUCAGUGGAAGCUACCGUGUCAGCAGCAGCAUCUGAACGAAUGCGUAACGGUCCUUCGUUCGCCUCAGGUCACCUCCACAUCAAGUAUCGAUGACAUUUCUAACGAAGAGGAAGUUGACAGUCAGUACGGGUCUGCCACGGACUUGGAUCUGAAGGUAACAUCGCCCUGCGCGUCACCAGAUGCCAACAAAAUGGCUGCCGGGUCUCCGACCUCCAUCACAUCUUUGGCCUUCACACACGCCGAGCUCUGUGGAGGAGACUUCUCGUACGCAGAACUUUUGAGACGAAACGUGCGCCUGUGGAAGUGGAGCGUGGGACACGAGAGAGACUACCUGGCCUGGGGGCAGCUGUCGUGUGUCUUGUAACGUGUGGGCUGUAACACUGUAUGAACUGUAGCGCUGGGCUGUAACUGGGUGCAGCUGUGUGCAGCUGUGUCUUUCUGGAGGCGGUUCACGAGUGCUGAACGAGUCUACAGUUGCGUGUGCUGCUGACAGCUUGAUAAUGUUUUAUUGUAGACAAUGUUCAGUCAGAAGUCUUGUGAACAGCUGGAGGAGCUGCAGUCAUCACAAAACGCGGACGAAGAGAAAGCCUGCAGCUGCAUCACAUGCGAUGAGUCAUUGAGUAUCAGCAUGAACAGGAGAACUUGAAUUUGUUGUUUACAAAACAAAUCUGUCUUAUGAAGCUUUAUUUUUUUACACACAAAGGUGCAAAGUUUAUAAAUAGCAAGGUAUAUAUAUAUAAAACACACUGACAUAUCUACAUGGAGACGUGGUCUUAGCUUAGUUUCGGACCUAGCAAUCCGUUAUGUACAGCAGGUAAGCAGCUGCUGACAGAGUUUCUACAGUGACCUUUGCUCCGCCGUCAUCUUAUUAUUUCUCUGCCUGCCAUCAUCAAAGAUGUUUUGUGGGGCGUUCUGCUGGUCACAUGACCAAAGCGGGCAGGUAACUGAAAGCACGUGGCUGCUGGUCACUAAAUUCUAAAUACUCACCUGGGAAAAUUGAAGCUGCUCUCAAAGAAGCUAGUACAGGGGCGGUCGUCACAAAUAGGUAGGUGGUUUGUUUUCAUUAGGUUCAUGAGCUGAACACCGCAGACGUUGCAAACUGCCAGCCUCCACUCGGUAAACGUGUUACAUGUAAUAUCACCAUGGUGAUGUCUGGUUUCCAAGAGAGCAGCGGUGCCACCGCGACCUCCGUGGUAUCUAGAGAGCACGCCGCCGGGACUACCCUGAGUGUAAGCAACCGUGUGAUUGUCUACAUGAGACCUAGAGACAUAGUCCCCAAAGAUGUCCUCCGCUUCUUAGUGUGCUUCUUCCUAGGCGAGGUAAACUCUUACUGCUUCUGACUUGUCACGAGGUGAGAUGCUGUGUCACCUGUCACACCUGUUGUUCCGAUUUUCUCCUCUGUUUAUGCCUCACCUGUCACUCCUCCUCUCAUCUGUUUGUCACCCAGUGCCCGAAAUUUGUUCUUCUCUUCAUCAGGCAGCUGUAGAUAAAAUCAUCAUUGAUGGGAAAGGAUUAGUCGUCACUGGCGACAUUAUCGAUGUUGAAUACGAUGCUGGCUGGUGAUCACACUUAGUGAGUUUAAGGAAGGGAUAAAACAGGCCGCAGGACUUUUACAAUCUGUUUUUUUUUCAUUAAAAAAAAAAACUUUUUAAGAAAAAAUAUCGUCAGCACAUAAAUCUGCGAAUUCGGAAUAAAAAGAAGCUUCAAGACCUUUUGAUUGUGACACUAAGAAGUAUUGAUACAGAAUAUCGAUACUGACACGAUACAAUCACGAUACAUAAGUAUGCGGCCGUUAUAUUUGAUUGUCUUCCAUGGUUGUUAUUGUUUGUUUCAUGCUAAUUUUAACAUGUGGGUGCUUGCUAGGCAAUUAAAC